GGAUUUCUUUACAUAAAGAAAGCUUGUGUUGGUGUUGAUGAUAAGAAAGCAAGAGAGCGAAUGAUGAUGAGAUGUGAUUUAAAGAGAAACAAGCUUUGUAAGAGGAUGUCUACCACGGCCAAGGAGGCACCGUCAUGGUCGUUUUCGUCACUGCCAGACGAUAUCAUCUUAAACGUCAUAGCACGUGUUCCGAGACGGUAUCACCCAAUUCUCUCUUGCGUGUCGAAGAAGUUACAAUCUCUAGUACGUUCCUCUGAGCUUCAGAUAACGCGAUCUCUCCGGGGAAAAGAGAAUCGCUUCUACGUCGGCUUUAGAGAAAAGUAUCCUUCGUCGUAUCAUUGGUUCACUUUCACCGAGAGUCAUCAUCAUUUGGCCUCGAUCCGGUUCCCUUCUUUUCUGCUCAAAUCUUACUCUACAACUCCUGUUAUGGUAGGUACCGAUAUCUACAUUGUGGGCGGCUCGAGAAACAUGUGGAUCCUGGACACUCGGUCUGGAAAGUUGCGUCAGGGUCCAAAGUCGCCUGUGUUCAGACAUGGAGCAGCCGUGGGACUAGUUAACGACAAGAUUUACAUUUUUGGAGGAACUUGUCCACAAAGUUGCUACCAUGAUAUCAAAGCGCAAGCGUUUGAUCUAAACACCCAAACUUGGCAACUCGCGCCAAACCCUAGCAUGCAAGUGAAUAGUAAAAAUAACUCUGUGGUAACCCCGGCACUAGGCAGAAAAAUAUAUGUGAUGGCUGGUACGGACGUCAUAGUUUAUGACACUAGAGAUGGUACAUGUGACGAAAUUAUAAGAGCUGAGGACUUCAACUGUAAAACUAUCUGUGUGGUAGACAAUGUGCUAUACAUGUAUUACCAUGAUGUUGGGUUAAUGUGGUAUGAAUCUAAGGCUAAAGAAUGGAGAGUGGUUCAUGGUCUGAAGUUCAAGGGCUAUUCCUCUAGUAUCAAAAUGGCUGAAUACAAUGGAAAGUUGGCGUUUUUGUGGCAUAGUGUGAACAAGGGAGAGGUUUGGUGUUCAAUGAUCGCCUUGUAUGGGAGUAGUAAUGUAGCCAUUCGAGGGCUUGUCGAGUGGUCUGACCGUCUACUUUCCGACGUUCCUUUUAGCUACGACAUGAAAGAUUUCAUGGUUUGUACGGAUUAUUAUAAGUAGGGAUCUCUUAUCUCUUUUUUUUCUUAGUGCUUUUUAGAGGUUUUGUGUUCCUGUAAUGAAUAUUUGUUUCAUAACUGAGUUUGUUUUGUUAUUAGCAUUUUUUUGUUGCUAAAAAUGUAAAUUGGAAAUAAAGGUUGUUUUGACCAAAAAAAAGAAAAGAAAUAAAGGUUGAAGUUUACAAAGAGCGAUUAACAAAAUAUAGAGCUUAUGGAAUUGGUUCCAUGGCAAAAGAAAUUUAAAAAUAUGAAAGCAAACACAAUCGAAAACUUUAUAUGUUCAUCUUCAUAACAAACAUGAUUAGAAGCAUCGAUAAAAUCUUGACGUAUCUGAAUGAAAGGUCGAGCUGAUAUACUGGUAUAUCAAGAGAGACACAGAGACAAAGUGUAACAACAACUAAUUUCGCGAGCAAAAAAUUGAUUCAGCAUGUCACAUGAACAAAGACAAUUCCUCAAAAGCAAUAUAGAAACAUGCUCGUUGACCGUCCUCUAAGUCUGAGCUGGGACACUCCUCUGAUGUCACAAUCCGACCCUAGACGAGAUAACAGUAUCCAUCAAAGCUUAAUAGCAGUCAACUUCCUAUUAGGGACAAGUCUCCCACUUUCGUGGAUUGACCCAUCUAUCUUACAUACUAGCUAGUUCUGAUGUCGGAGACUUGUCUCUAAUACUUCCAACACAGCACUCGCCCUCUAAGAUGGUUAGACAGAAAUAAGAUUUGUUUUUUCAAAAGGUUAAAUGAUGAGGCUGUUUUCCAAAUUUAGAAAGGUAGAUAGCGAGUUUUUUUAAAAAUCUCCUUAUUUAAGAUAUUUUUAAAAUUAUUUAAAUUCAUUAUAAAUAUAUAUAUACUAAUUCUAAAAAUAUUAUACUCCAUCUGUUUCUUAAAAUUACAUAUUCUAAAGAAAAAAAUUGUUUCAAAAAAAUCAAUCUUUUAUAUUUUCAAUACAUGUUUUAUUAAAUAAUUGCAAACUUCAAAAGACUUAAUUACACUAGUUAUAUUUUUAUUGGCUUAAGAUUAUUGAAAAAAAAACCCAAAAAACUAUGCAAAUUUAAUGUGUUUUAUUAAGAUGUGUGAAAAAUCUAGAAUAUGUAACUUUAAAGAACAGAGGGAGUACAAUUUAAAUCAAUCAUAAUAUUGAAUAGAAAAUACGAAAUAUAGUAGUUAUAAAAGGAUUCCAAGUGAGAAAAGGAUAAAGGAUUUCUUCAAAGAGAAACAAGGUUUGUAAGAGGAUGUCUACCACGGCCAACGAGGCACCGUCAUGGUCGUUUCCGUCAUCUUAAACGUCUACGGUCUUAGCACGUGUUCCUAGACGGCAUCACCCAAUUCUCUCUUGCGUGUAGAAGAAGUUACCAUCUCUAGUACGUUCCUUUGAGCUUCAGGUAACGCGAUCUCUCCGGGGAAAAGAGGAUCGCUUCUACGUUGGCUUUAGAGAAACGUAUCCUUCUUACGAAACCUGGGAUGAGUCGUCGUAUCAUUGGUUCACUUUCACUGAGACUGAGAGUCAUAAUCGUUUGGCCUCGAUCCCGUUCCCUUCUUCUCCGCCUCGAGCCUUACUCUACAACUCCUAUUGUGGUGGGUACUGAUAUCUACAUUGUGGUCGGCUCGGAGAAACAUACGGAUCCUGAACACUCGGUCUGGAAAGUUGCGUACUGGAAAGUUGCUUCAUGGUCCAAAGUCGCCUGUGUUGAGACUUAGAUGAAGCAGCCGUGGGGACGAGUUAACGACAAGAUUUACAUUUUUGGAGGAACUUGUGGAAAAAGUUACUACGAGGAUAUCCAAGCGCAAGCGUUUGACCUAAACACGCAAACUUGGCAACUCGCGCCCAACCCUAGUGCGAAAGUGAACUGUAUAAAUAAGUCUGUGGUAACCCCAGCAUUAGGCAGAAAAAUAUAUGUGAUGGGUGGUAAGGACGUCAUAGUUUAUGACACUAGAGAUGGUACAUGUGGCCAAAUUAUAAGAGCUGAGGACUUCAACAGUCAAACUAUCUGUGUGGUAGCAGGACAACGUGCUAUACAUGCAUUACCAUGAUGUUGGGUUAAUGUGGUAUGAAUCUAAGGCUAAAGAAUGGAGAAGUUCAAGGGUUAUGUCUCUAGUAUCAAAAUGGCUGAAUACAAUGGAAAGUUGGCGUUUUUGUGGCAUAGUGUGAACAAUGGAGAGGUUUGGCGCUCAAUGAUCGCAUUUGUAUGGGAGUAGUAACGUAGCCAUUCGAGGGCUUGUCGAGUGGUCUGGCCGUCUACUUUCCGACGUUCCUUCUAACUACUACAUGAAAGAUUUUAUGGUUCGUACAGAUUAUUAUAAGUAAUCCCUUGUCUUUUUUUUUUCUUAGUGCUUUUAGAGGUUGUGUGUUCAGGCAGUGAAUAGUUAUUUCAUAAGCAGCUUUAUCGCAGGCGCUUAGGAGGGUUGUUAGAGGUAAUUUUCAUUAAAAAAAAUAUAAAAAAUAAGAAAACAGAAAAUACGACGCUUAAUUAAGCCCGCGAAGCGCCGUGUUUUAGUGUGCACGUGUCAAGAUAUGAGAGGUGAGAGCUUCUGUUACGCGUGAAACGCGAUCAAUCUUGGUUUUGUCUCUCUCUUUCGAAUCCUCUCUCCCGACGAAAGGCGAAUUGAAAUCGUCUCCGUGGCUCUGUUAUCGUCGGCGACGUCUUCCUCGGUGGCUCCGUGUCUGCGACCUCGAUGGUGGUUCUUCUCGACGGUGACGGUCCUCUCGCUUGGUGGUUCUCCACAAUUCAAAAGGUGUAUCGGUGGCGACAGAUAUCUCUCUCGGCAGAGACGAAGCCUUCCCUCUUUCUCGUCGAUUCGGUGUAUCGGUGGCGACAGAGCUCUCCUCGACAGCGACGGAGCUAUCUCUCGGUGGAGUCGAAGCUCUCUCUCGGCGAAGGUAAAGCUUAUGUUUCAACUUGAGAUGGAUUGAUCAAAUAUGAUUUGUUUGCAAUUUUGUUUCAAUUAAGAUGAAUGGAUGAAAAUAGAUUUGUUUGUAAGUUUAUUUCAACUUGGAAUUGUUUGAACUAAGAUGGAAUGAUCUCAUUUGAUGUUCUGUGUUUGAUUAAAUCGUUUUUGAUAUGUUCUGACUUUGUGUUUGUUUGCUUGUUUCAGUCCUUGAAAUCGUUUUAGAUAUGUUCUGACUUUGUGUCUGUUUGUUUUGUGUGUUUGUGUUGUAACAUGCGUGGAUCGAGGGUACAAGACGAAGGAAGCUGAAAAUAGAGGAGUACAAGACGAAGGAAGCUCAAAACAGGUGAAGAGCAGCUACUAUUUGGCAAGCUUAGUGGACAUCAAUGGUGAUAUAUUCGCCCUGGCUAUUGCUUGACCUCUGAGAACCACCAACGGGAACGAGGAAACAUUCGAUUUUUACGAUUUGUUGUAACCUUUCUAAGGAUUUUUGUGAUGAAUCAACAAUAGACAUCAGUUUCAAUGGCAUUUCUUUUAAGUUUUUCAAGUAACAAAA